AUGGCAAGGCAAGCAAAGGAUACCGAGAAUGAGUUCGACUUUGACGAAGUCGAUGCAUUUAAUGCAAACAGAUCAAAAAUAUUACUAGAUCAAGCCGGAGAGUAUGGUCAAGAAAGAGUGAGUGAAGAUGAAGACUCACAAGAGGAAGUUUGGGCAUCCGGUGAUGAGGACGCUGAUGAAGAGGAUGAGGACGAGAACGAAGACAUUGAUGAAGACGUUGAAGAUGAGGUUGAUGAGGAAAAGGGAUGGGGUGGUAGACAAAACUACUAUGGUGGUGAUGAUGCUAGUGAUGACGAGGACUCCAAGCGAAUGACAGAGGAAGCAUUAAGACAACAAAAAAAGCAUCUUCAAGAUUUGGAAAUGGAUGAUUAUGUUGAUGAUGAAAUACUAGAGGAUUGGCAAAAGAAAGCGGACACUUUCGACACCAAGGAUAGCAACAUUUCCCAAGUCGUGCUUGAUACAUCAACUAGCCUCGAUUCCCUUGAUGAUACUGAAAGGUUAAAGUUGCUCAAACAAUCUUUUCCCGAAUUUAUACCGUUGAUGAGAGAGUUGGAAGAGUUGCAACCGAAACUUCGUGAUUUGAAUCUGAUGGACCAAAAUGUAUGCACUACAAUAAAAGUUAGCGCUUUAUCGGGGUAUUUGGCAUCGAUCACAUCGUACAUGGCUAUAUUUGUCGACAACCUUCGCAGUGGUCAAGGGUUUCUAUCUAUGAAAGACCACCCCGUCAUGGAAUCGAUAUUGAGCUCCAGAGAAGUGUGGAGGCAAGCAAAUGAACUUCCACUUGAAAUCAAAGAGGUGGCUGAAGAGGAAGAGGUGACAAAUGAGGUUAGCUCAAGCGAAAUUGAUGAGGAGGACUUUGUUGAUGCCAAAGAGGAUCAAGACGACAGUCAAAUUCUGCAGGAUGAAGAGGAGGAAGAAACUUUUGAUAAUGGUCAUAAUAUCAACAUUCAUCAGCAGAGAGUUAUAAGGCGAGCACCUCCGUCAACUGGGGAUGACUUCACUGAAGCUGAUAUUGAUGACUUGGAUUUGGAAGACAAGACUCGUCGUAAAAAGACUUUGAGGUUCUACACCGCCAAAAUUGACAAAGCAGCAGCACAGAGAGAAAGGUAUAUCUCUGGUGAUAUGGAUGUACCAUAUAAAGAGAGGUUAUACGAGAGGCAACAAAAGUUGAUUGAAGAAGCAAGAAAGAGAGGACUUGAGAAGAAGGAUGAUGACGAUGAAGCAAACGACUUUUAUGCAGGAAACGACAAUGUCGGUGAUGAGGAUGAUAGUGGUUAUUAUGAAGCCCUCAAACAUGAUAAAAAGUUGAAAUUGAAAAAUAGGAAACUAGCUCAUGCUGCUGCAAUCAAGGCAAGUAAAGAAGGCAAAUUGGCGGAAUUACAAGAAGAGAUUGGACAAGAUGGUAAAAGAGCUAUCAAUUACCAAAUCCUCAAGAAUAAAGGUCUCACUCCUCAUCGUAAAAAGGAAUACAGAAACUCAAGAGUUAAAAAGAGAAAGCAGUACGAGACUGCCAAGAAGAAACUCAAAUCGGUUAGACAAGUGUAUGAUAGUGAAAAGAGUAAAGGCCCAUACGAAGGUGAAAAGACGGGUAUCAAGAAGGGAUUAUCAAGAUCAGUUAAACUUGUAUAG